AGAUCUUAAAGACUCUUUUAGAACCAUAUUCUUUCAUUUAUCACAAAAGCUGCGCUGCAGAUCAAGUAUGAUACUCACGGCUGCCCUUUUAACCCUAUCAGCGAUUUCUCUUUCAACUCAAGUUGAAGAUUUUGUAUCGAACAACCCAGAGCAAAUCCAUUUGAGCUAUUCAGGCGAUGUUUCUUCGAUGCUGGUUACAUGGCUAAGUCUCAAUCCACAAGGUGUCGGCUACGUUUUCUUCAGGAGGGCAGGAACUUCAGAAUACCACAAAGUGGAUGCCACUAAAUCGGACUUUGUACAGGAAGAGGGUUCACUUAAAAGGACCAGCUAUGUUUUCAGAGCGAAAAUGGAAGGGCUUAAGUCAAACACAAACUAUGAAUACUACGUGCAAACGGGACCUGGCAUCAGUGAAACUUUUCAGUUUCGAACAUUCGACUCUGGUUCUGACUUCCGACCGACUGUCGCCCUUUUCGGGGACUUAGGCACCUACUACAAUAUUUCAGUUCCAAAAUUAACCAAACUAGCUAAUCGAGGUGAAAUUGACCUCGUAAUUCAAGCAGGGGAUAUGGCGUAUGAUUUGAAUCAUGACUUGGGCAAAAUGGGAGACAAGUAUAUGAACUUAAUUCAACCAAUUGCAUCGCGAGUACCGUACAAUUUCGCAGCUGGAAACCACGAAAAGUAUAAUAACUUCAGCCAAUUCAGAGGUCGAUUCAGUUCGCCAGGCCCAAACGUGUUUUAUAACAGCUUCAAUGUCGGUCCAGUUCAUUUUGUGAUUCUCACAACCGAGUUUUAUAUGUUUGAUGAGUUUGGUACCGGCCAGAUACAGGCUCAGUACAACUGGUUGAAGAAUGACCUUGAGGUGGCAAAUCUUCCUGAAAACAGAGAACAACAACCCUGGAUAAUAGUCAUGGGACAUCGGCCUAUGUACUGCACUAAUGUGAACGACAGAGACUGUAGAACGAACAACCCUGUCAGAAUUGGCUAUAAGCAAGCCUAUUUUAAAUUGGAGGAACUCUACCUUGCUAAUCGGGUUGAUUUUGUGAUCACAGGACACAAACACGAUUUUGAGCGAACUUAUCCGAUGUCAAACUUCACUUUCGAACCCCAUCAGAACAGCAACGAAUUCAGGAACCCCCGAUAUCCGGUCCAUAUCAUCUCUGGCAGCGCCGGAAAAAUCGAGUUGGCCGAUUUCAUGAUUCCGAAACCUGAUUGGUCGGCAGCAAGCUUGAAGAAAAACGUGUUCACGCUUUUGAGCGUGAAAGAGAAGAACUUUCUUGAAUUUCUCACUGUGGCUUCCGAAGGGGACGAAGUUUUGGAUAAAUUUGUGGUUAUCAAAGACUAUUCCAGCUCUUCUUCGAGAGUUUGUGUGGAUAUUCUACCUCGUGCUGUCUCAAUUCUGAUACCAAUCUUACUUAUUGGCUUGGAUGAUUUUUGAAGAAUCUAUUCUCAUUUGCCUGCGGCAACAGACAAUAAAGCUUUUGAUUAAAUUCACAAUUAUGGUCCUAUUUGACAAAACACAUCCCAUAUUACCUCAUAACCAUCCCUUCUAAUGUAAAAAAUACAUCGGUAAAGCUCGAAUUAUUCAAAUUACUAGUGAACUUUGUACAUUUUUGCCAAGAGGUGAUGUUGUAAAAUAGAUUCAAAUUAAUAUUUGGCCGGAAAAUUUUAUAUAACUACAAUGAAAUUCUAUCUCAAAUUCAUAAUAGCACUUCAUAGAUUAUUGCAGGGCCAAACUUAGGAUUUUUCGAAUAG